ACCUAGGAGGUGGUCUACCUAGUGGCAGAAACCUUGUAAUGAACUUCCACACUUCUUUUUCUUCGUGCCUUCCUUGACGUGUAUGAGCUCGUGUGCCUUGACCUGCGGCUCUGAGUGCCUGUGUGUGCACGCGCACGCAGAGUCGUGUAUGCUCAUUGUACCGGCGGAGAGGUUGUACCAGCCGUGCGCUGCUUGGUGCAUCGGGGCGGGCAGAAUAUAAUCGCAGGCGUUUGAGCGUCGCCACCAACCGAACGUGAACUAAAUUUUCGCCGAUCGUGGAAGAUGUCGAAAUUAGUUUGAUUGUCGAGUCUUUACAGAUCAGCAUUUAUGUUCGACAGUUGAGAGGAAACUACCACUGCGUAGUUAGACAUGGCGUCUCCAGGAUCUGCUGGCGCAAGCGGACUUGGUUUUCGCGGCGCGGGGAAGCAGAAUGUGCAAAUGGUGGGGCAGAGUGUGGGUGGUGGCUCUCAUCAUGUGAGGAGGACCUCGAGCGGGAGGUCUAACAAUCUCUCCCGCGACGAGAGUGAGAUGGGUGCUGUCACCGACAGCGAAAUGGGGUCCGACUAUCUAUACACCGUGCAGAUUCCGGCCACACCUGACAAUCAAGUUAUGGGAUCCAGCCGCGAUAACAUUCGUGGGAUGGACCCUGUGAUCGCCGGCAAGUCCGAGCAGCAAUUCGUUUCGAGCACUAUCUUCACGGGGGGUUUUAAGAACCAGACGCGGGGACACACACUGGACAAGAUGAUGGAAGGUGAAGGUAAUCAUCUGCAACUCGCGGGUGCCCGAGGGCCCACUUGCGCAUGCGAUGGUUGCGAUGGCAAGGCGAUGAGGGACGAGCGCGGCGAAGACAUGACUCCUUGCGAUUGCCACUUCAAGAUUUGCCGCGAUUGUUACAUUGACGCACUAAACGGAUCCGGGAAAUGCCCUGGAUGUAAGCUAGAGUACACUGUUGCUGAUGACCCUUUCUCACAGAAUGGUUCCGAGACCGACAUGCGCGCUCUGCCACCUCCAGGAGACGACAGCUCAAGGUUGGAACGUCGCCUCUCGCUAUUGAAAACGAAGCCUGGAAUGAUCGUAAGUAAUGGGUCUUCCACGGAUUUCGACCACGCCCGAUGGCUGUACCAGACAAAGGGCACUUAUGGAUACGGGAAUGCUGUGUGGCCCGGCGACCAAGGUCACGAUGGUGGCGGUGGGAAUAACCCUCCAAAUAUGGGAGCAUUGCCCGAGUUUAAUGACAAAGUGCGGCGUCCGCUCACCAGAAAAGUCAGCAUAUCCACGGCAAUUCUGAGUCCUUACAGGUUGAUCGUCCUAAUCCGUAUGGUUGUGCUCGCUCUGUUCCUCAUGUGGCGUGUUAAUCAUCCGAACAACGAUGCUAUAUGGUUGUGGGGAAUGUCAGUCGUUUGUGAGAUUUGGUUCGCUUUCUCCUGGAUCCUUGAUCAGCUGCCGAAGCUGUGUCCCAUUAACCGACUUACAGAUUUAAGUGUGUUGAAGGAACGGUUUGACACGCCGUCCCCGGAGAACCCCAGUGGUAGGUCUGACCUUCCCGGCAUUGACAUUUUCGUAUCCACUGCCGAUCCCGAGAAGGAGCCGCCCCUCACAACCGCCAACACAAUUCUGUCCAUUCUGGCUUCUGAGUACCCAUUGGAGAAGCUCGCGUGCUAUCUGUCCGACGAUGGUGGUGCUCUUUUGUCGUUUGAAGCCUUAGCUGAAGCUGCAAGCUUUGCUCGCAUUUGGAUCCCUUUCUGUCGGAAGCAUAACAUUGAGCCUCGUAACCCCGAGACUUACUUCGUGCUUAAAGGGGAUCCAACCAAGAAUAAAGUUCGUUCUGACUUUGUGAAGGAUCGCCGUAAGGUUAAAAGAGAGUACGAUGAGUUCAAGGUGCGUGUCAACGGAUUGCCCGAUUCUAUUCGUCGACGGUCUGACGCCUACAAUGCCCACGAGGAAAUUCGUGCGAAGCGUCAACAGAUGGAGUCUGGGAGUGAUCCUUCGGAGCCUCUCAACAUCCCUAAGGCAACAUGGAUGGCAGAUGGAACUCAUUGGCCAGGAACAUGGAGUCAGUCUGGUAGAGAGCACGGUCGGGGAGAUCAUGCUGGUAUAAUUCAGGUGAUGCUUGCGCCUCCUACUGCGGAGCCCUUGAUGGGCAGCAGCGACGAGGAGAACAUCAUAGAUACCACAGAUGUGGACAUCCGUUUGCCAAUGCUCGUCUACAUGUCUCGUGAAAAGCGCCCAGGCUAUGAUCACAACAAGAAGGCCGGAGCCAUGAACGCCCUCGUACGCACGAGUGCUGUCAUGUCCAACGGACCAUUCAUCCUCAAUCUGGAUUGUGAUCACUACAUCUUUAACUCUCUUGCCCUUCGAGAGGCCAUGUGCUUCUUCAUGGACAAGGGUGGAGAUCGUCUUGCCUAUGUUCAAUUCCCCCAGAGAUUUGAGGGUGUUGACCCCAACGAUCGAUAUGCCAACCACAACACCGUCUUCUUCGACGUGAACAUGAGGGCUCUGGAUGGAUUGCAGGGGCCUGUCUACGUCGGAACUGGAUGUGUGUUCAGAAGAAUUGCGCUCUAUGGAUUUGAUCCUCCUAGGUUCCGUGAACGUAGCUGUUGUUACAGUCUCUGCUGCGGUUGCUGCGAACCAAAGAAGCCUAAAAUGAAGAAAACAAGGUCACAGAAGCGAGCCUCGGAGGUAACAGGGUUGACAGAGAAUAUCACAAGCGAUGACGAUGAUGACAUUGAGGCCACCAUGCUUCCCAAGCGAUACGGUGCUUCAGCGGUGUUCGCCGCUUCCAUCCCUGUGGCUGAAUUUCAAGGCCGACCUCUGGCAGACAAAGGUGUCUUGAACAGCCGUCCUGCUGGGGCCCUCACUGUUCCCAGGGAGCCCUUGGACGCCGAAACAGUUGCGGAAGCUAUCAAUGUGGUGUCCUGCUUCUACGAGGACAAAACAGAAUGGGGAGGUCGUGUGGGAUGGAUUUAUGGAUCCGUCACAGAAGAUGUGGUCACAGGUUUCCGUAUGCACAAUCGUGGUUGGCGCUCAAUUUACUGUGUCACCAAGCGCGAUGCCUUUCGUGGAACCGCUCCAAUCAAUCUUACUGACCGUCUUCAUCAGGUGCUCCGGUGGGCUACAGGAUCUGUGGAAAUUUUCUUCUCUCGGAACAAUGCUCUUCUCGCCAGCUCCCGUCUGAAGUUCUUGCAGCGUAUUGCUUACCUAAAUGUCGGCAUUUACCCGUUCACUUCAAUCUUUCUUUUAGUUUACUGCUUCCUGCCCGCUCUUUCCCUCUACACCGGCCAAUUUAUCGUGCAGAAUUUGAAUCUCUCUUUCUUGAUCUAUCUCCUCACCAUCACCAUCACCCUAUUUGCGCUCGCUGUUCUGGAAGUGAAAUGGUCCGGCAUCUCACUCGAGGAGUGGUGGAGAAACGAACAGUUCUGGGUAAUUGGAGGAACGAGUGCCCAUCUUGCUGCUGUGUUCCAGGGCUUACUCAAGGUCAUGGCCGGAGUCGACAUUUCUUUCACCUUGACGUCUAAGUCGGCUGGAGAGGACGAGGACGACAUCUACGCUGAUCUCUACAUCGUCAAGUGGUCAUCGCUCUUCAUCCCUCCCAUCACCAUCGGUCUCACCAACAUGGUAGCCAUAGCCGUGGGCAUCUCUCGCACCAUCUACGCCACCAAUCCCGAAUGGAGCAAGCUUCUGGGAGGAGUCUUCUUCUCCUUGUGGGUGCUCUUGCAUCUCUACCCCUUCUUCAAGGGUCUCAUGGGUAAGGGUGGCAAGACGCCUACUAUCGUCUUCGUCUGGGCUGGUCUGCUCUCCGUCAUCAUCUCACUCUUGUGGGUGUACAUCAGUCCCUCGAACGAUAGCACCGCGGCCUCUGGUGGUUUCACGUUCCCGUAGGAAGGCCGAUGCUUUCUUCUGAUCCCUAUUUUCUUCGCACCGAACACUCAAGCCCGAUUGCUGCAUUGUGUGCCAAUUUUGAGAGUAGCAAAGCGGGCGGUGCUUGGGGAUCUAUUCUCAAAGAAUACAACCUUGGUUGUGUUACUGCUUUGGUAACUGAGAGGGAGAAGAUUUAUGCGAUUGCGGGAUUUGUACAGUAGACCAUUCUUUUGGCUCAUGUAAGAUGAGAUUUCAGAGUUGGGCGGAAGCUAAGUGUGAGUGGGGCAGCAAGUUGCUUUCACUGCAAUCAAGACAUGAACAAUUCAUCAAUCCUCUAGACUCGUGAGGAGUUGGCAGGCAGCGUCGAGAUUUUCGAAGCAGUACAAUAAGGUCGUUGUCGCGUAGUGUGAAGUGAUUUUAGAUUUAUGCAUUAUCGAGUCGAGGUCUUACUCUGAGUGAGCUUGUGGACAGUAUGUAUUUGUGUUCUUGACUCUUAUCCAUUUUUGUUUACAUUAUAAGCUCUGACUUCUUUUCUGCCAUUGUGGCUGUAAUGCAAAUUCUCUCACCAAUUCAAUCAU